AUGGCGAUGCUCAAUGGGAUUAAGGAGUUCUUGGGUGCCCAACUUUACGGCCCUUCUGCCAGCAGAGCAAAGUCUGAAGAAUCGGGCAAUGCAGGUGUGGAUGAUCUGCCUGCCACUACAGACCCUUGGGAAAAAGCUCGGAGGGAGUUGAAGGACGCUGGCGCCCAGUUAGCGCUAUCCAUUAACCACAGCAGAUCGAUGGAGACCGACAACCGACGAUUUGACGACAAGUUUAGACGAAUGUACAAGAGAUUCCGAGAAGAACUCCGAACUUGCUCAGGCGCAUGGCAGGAGGCUCCCUGGUUGGUCUUUGACUGGUUCAAAUGUUCCGAAGUCCACAGUGAGAAAAUGCAGCUAGGCCUGCUCUCUGAAGCUGAAGAUCCUGGUCCGCUUCCGAAGCUCUGGAAGGUCUUGAUGGCCAUGAAUCUCUACAUCGUCCUGCUCGCGACGAGGCAAAGCCUGGACCGUAUGAUGAAGGGUGUUCAAAAAAUGCUCAAAGACGACUUUCCACAGCUGACCAGAACUCGGAUGCGAUUCUGGACACCUGAGAUGCGGCAACUCAAGAGUGAAGAAGCUAUGACUGUGAGGGGAUGGGAGACAUUCAACCGGAUGCUGGAAAACAUGUCACUUGAGCUCUCGGUUGCUUUGAGGGAGAUCAAAAAAGAGAAUGGUGAUGACCAAGCUGGAACAGGGGAAGGUAAUCGGGAGCCAAUAUGCGAGGUGCUGCGUCGUGAGAUCCACAAGGAGCAUCCUCACUUGGACCUACCAGAUCUUAGCCUGCAUGUUGAACUGUGA